CAGUCUUUCUUCUUUAGCUUUAGGCGAAAUCAAUCUGUGAACUUCGCAUGCAUUAUAAAGAACAGUGAUUUUUGAUGUCGAUUUCGUUCAAUUAAUUGGUGAAUUUCUUGUCAUGCGAAGACAGCAUAAACAGGCUUGGAUCCGAUUAAAGCGAUGUUUUACCCACAGAUGUUAUGUAACUAGUCGACCAGGUUCCGACAAAAAGAAGCCAAGUUUUUCCCCAUCAAUUUCAUUUAUUCCUGAUCAAAUCAUUCUGUACCUAACAACUAUAAACGAAAUCACGACCAGAGAUUCGAAGUACAUGACGUUCUCGCGAGCUUGACUAAUUCAAGAGUGGACUAGAGAUGUCUUAACAACCGGAAAGCGGAACAUGACAAAUGCAAGCGUUUUUAGGAGACCGUAGACUGCGAGUCUUGGACCGGAUUGUGGAUUUAGCCUACUUCCAGCAGCCCAGGGAAGAAUUUUCAGUCCGGCUGAAUGGCGCUAAAUGUCACCAGUUUCAAAAAGAAGAACACAAAUUAUGUAAAAAUCUUCGCUUACCCAGGCUUAGGACAAGGAGACGGGAAUCUGUAGUUUACCAGGGAACCAACAUGCAGACAUACGGAAAGUAUGGCCACUUCAAAAGGACAAGUCUAUUUAACCAAAACCGAAAGGUGGCAAAAAUUAAGGUUGUGGAAAUGUUUGACGCUCCGAAACAAUUCAUGGUGGCCAAUGAAACCUAUUCUGACGAAAUUUGGCAGGACGAGUGCGAUCACUAUGACGACACAACCAGGGACAGUAUCCAAUCAGAACACAACAAACUUAAAUUCCAGCGGGAAGCCACCAUGGAGGCAGGGCUGGAGGACUUUGAUUUGGACUUCAUGAUGCCGUCAAGAGUGCGCGAAAUUUUGAGCUCUGAGGGACUACCAAAAGACGUCAUAGACAAAUCUGUGAAACAUCUAGAGAAGAAACACAGAAGAGCGCUUCAUAUGACAAUCCUCCAAGAAAAAUCGCAAAGAAGUAGCACAGAACCAAAAAACCAUAAAAGCAAGAAGAAUUUAUCUCUGCCGCGUUUGGCGCUGGGAGAGACAGAAACGCCCGGGGAACAUUCGGCAGAGUGUGAAUGUUGUCACGACGUCAACGUCAGGAGAGAGAAACGUCAUCAACGCCCGAAGCCUUGGUCCGAGUCUCAUCCUGUCAAUGAAAUGAUUACGGAAAAUGUUGUUGAAACUCCAGUAGUGGACCAGGACGCCGAGGAAUCUUUCGAGUUUUGUCUGACAGAAGCAGAAAAGGUCAAAUGGCUGUCAGAGCAACAGUUUGAGAAGGCGUUGGUGGGCAGCAAUUUUGAGCCGCCCAGACUCGUGCUCAUUUCCUCCAAAAUACCCAAGCAUCACGUAAUUCCCAAAAUGCUGUUGGCUCAUAAUGUCUUGCACAUUGUUUAUGACUUCGAAGUUUCCAAUUUCAAUGAAAUAUUAGAAAUGGUAUCAAACAAAUUGGAAAGUAUCAAAUCCGGAUGCAAAGCAAAGUCCAUUCUCCUACUUUGUCAGGGUGGACCAGGCUAUUUGUAUAUUCUACGGAAAUUCGCUGUCACUCCCCAGAAACUCAAGAAAGAGUCCUACAAGUGUGUCAGAGAGUUCUGGAGAGCUUUGAGUAGCCAUGUUAGCAAAAUAGACCAAACUGAAUCUGCAAUUCAUAUUUCUGGAUGUACUUUAGAAGACAGCUUUCAGGGAAGAGAGGUUGUAAGGUUUAUACAACGACUUGUCCAACCCAGUAUGGUUAGAGUUUUGGCAAAUGGUGAUCAGACUGAAAAGGGUCAAAAAAUUAUUUCUCAGUACUUCGACAUUGGGUUAUUCAACUAUUGGAAAGCUCAUAUGGAUGACAGUGACGAUGAAAUUGACCUUAGCAAGGUGGCAGGCAUUGAAAAGGUCAAGGUCAGAGAAGAAGAGACAGAGGCAGAUGUCAGGACGUGGUCAUCAUUGGCAAAACAGUUUGACAGCGAUUAAAUCUUGUGUUCAGAUUUUGUUUAAAGAGUGCAAUGCGAUGCCAUGAAAUUCAUCAUACAGCACGAUGUGACAUUAGAGCAGUGACCUUAAAGCAUCCAAAUGGCCUUUUCUAGAAAUAUGCAUGUUAAGAUAUUGA